UGAAGUUGUUUUCCCCUGUUCCUGUAGUGGGACCGUAUAUUGCCAGAGAAAUAACAUUCCCCAAAUGUUAACAUAUUUUGAUUGAUCUAUACUUUUUAUCGGCAGGAAAUUUAUUUCUAGGUUGUGGAAUGUCGGAUUCUGAGGCGAGCGACAAUUCUGACAAUGCCAGUGAGGCAGGGAGCGUGCAAGGCAGUGAUAGCGAAGCCGAGGAUGCCCACUCGGCUGCGAACAGUGAUGAAGAGGGAGAUGGUGACAAUAGAUCAGAAGCUGCUCACUCAGAUGACGGUAACGGGUCUGAUGAUGAACAACAUUCAGAGAAAAGUGAAGGGAGUCGCCACUCAGGUGCACGGGAAGAUGAAGCUGAAGAAGUUGCUGCUGGUGAGGAAGACGAAGAGGUGGAAGAUGAACAAGAACCAGAAGGAGAGGACCUGAAUUCUGAAGAGGAAUACGAUGAAGAGGAGGAUGAAGAUGAAGAAGAAGACCGUCGAAGGAAGAAGAAAAAGAAAGAUCGGUUUGGAGGAUUCAUCAUCGAUGAAGCAGAGGUGGAUGAUGAAGUGGAGGAUGAAGAGGACUGGGAGGAGGGAGCCCAGGAGAUUGGCAUCGUGGGCAAUGAAUUUGACGAGCAUGGGCCCACUGCACGAGAGAUUGAAGGGCGACGCAGAGGAACAAACCUUUGGGAUUCCCAAAAAGAAGAUGAAAUUGAGGAAUAUCUACGUAAGAAAUAUGCAGAUGAGUCUGUUGCUGCCCGACAUUUUGGUGAUGGUGGUGAAGAGAUGUCAGAUGAAAUCACUCAACAGACUCUGUUGCCUGGAGUGAAGGACCCAAAUUUAUGGAUGGUGAAAUGUCGCAUUGGUGAAGAAAAGAGCACAGCUCUACUACUUAUGCGCAAAUUUAUUGCUUAUCAGUUCACGAGUGAGCCAUUGCAAAUCAAGUCUGUUGUUGCCCCUGAGGGAGUGAAGGGAUACAUCUAUGUGGAGGCCUAUAAGCAACCUCAUGUAAAAGCAGCAAUUGCAAAUGUGGGCAACUUGCGCAUGGGGCAAUGGCAGCAGCAGAUGGUGCCGAUUAAGGAAAUGACAGAUGUGUUGCGUGUGGUUAAAGAACAGACUGGAUUAAAACCAAAGCAGUGGGUUCGCUUAAAGAGAGGUUUAUACAAGGAUGAUAUUGCCCAAGUGGACUACGUGGAUCUAGCUCAAAAUCAAGUGCAUCUAAAAUUGUUGCCUCGCAUUGACUAUUCACGACCUCGUGGAGCUCUCCGAACAUCUCAGUCUGAAAAUGAUGCAGCAAAACGUAAGAGGAAAAAGCGCCCUGUUGCAAAACCAUUCGAUGCUGAAGCCAUACGUUCUAUUGGUGGUGAAGUAACCAGUGAUGGAGAUUUCUUAAUUUUUGAGGGAAAUAGAUAUUCAAGAAAAGGGUUUUUAUACAAAAACUUUACAACCAGCGCUAUUGUGGCUGAUGGAGUGAAACCAACAUUAUCAGAAUUGGAGCGAUUUGAAGAAGCUCCUGAGGGAGUUGACAUAGAACUUCCAACCACUGUUGCACCUGGGAAAGAUGAUACAGUAGGACAUUCUUUCUCAGCAGGUGACAAUGUGGAAGUCUGUGAAGGAGAAUUGAUGAAUUUACAGGGCAAAAUCAUUGCUAUUGAUGGCAAUCUGAUCACAGUAAUGCCAAAACAUGAGGCUUUAUCAGACCCUUUGGAAUUUCAAGCAAGUGAAUUAAGGAAGUUCUUUCGCAUGGGUGACCAUGUGAAGGUGUUGGCUGGACGAUAUGAAGGAGACACUGGACUUAUAGUGCGUGUGGAAGAAAAUCGUGUAGUUUUAUUCUCUGAUCUCACCAUGCAUGAACUGGAAGUCCUUCCAAAAGAUGUACAACUGAGUCCAGACAUGGCAACAGGAGUUGAUUCUCUUGGCCAGUAUCAAUGGGGAGAUUGUGUACAGAUAGAUCCACAGACUGUGGGUGUUAUUGUACGUCUUGAGAGAGAGAAUUUCCAUGUAUUAAGUAUGCAUGACAAAGUGAUAGAAGUGAAGCCUCAGGCAUUGCAAAAAAGAAAAGAAUCCCGGUUCACAAUGGCUUUAGAUUCAGAACAAAACACAAUACAAAGAAAAGAUAUUGUGAAAGUCAUUGAUGGUCCCCACUCGGGAAGAGAUGGAGAAAUUAAACAUUUGUAUCGCAAUUUUGCAUUUCUACAUUCAAGAAUGUAUUUAGAUAAUGGUGGAAUAUUUGUGUGCAAAACCCGGCAUUUGCAAUUGGCAGGAGGGUCAAAGGCAAGUUCAAAUACCUUGGGUAGUGGGCCACCUAUGGGUUUCAUGUCGCCGCAUAUUUCUUCUCCCAUGCACCCAAGCGGAGGUGCUGGGGUUCGAGGGGCUGAGGGUGGUGGUAGAGGAAAGGGACGAGGGAGAGGAGCAGGGAUAAGACGUGAUAGGGAACUCAUAGGACAAACUAUCAAGAUUACCAGUGGACACUAUAAAGGCAACAUUGGUAUAGUGAAAGAUGCCACUGAAUGCACUGCUCGUGUUGAGCUGCAUUCUACCUGCCAGACCAUAUCUGUAGAUAGAUCCCAUAUUGCCAAUGUGGGUGUUCCAACAAAGGAUGGGAGCUUUUCAUCCUACAGCCGUACUCCAGCAUAUGGAGCUGGGAAUCAGACCCCCAUGUACAGGGAGGGUAGCAAAACACCUAUGCAUGGUUCACAGACUCCUCUCUAUGAAGCUGGUUCACGCACUCCACAUUUGGGCAGCAUGACCCCAUCGCAUGAUGGUUCACGUACACCAAGUCAUGCGUGGGAUCCUAGCAUUACAAACACUCCUUCAAGAAGUGGCGAAUUUGAUAUAAAUCCAUUGGAUGAUGCUUCACCGUCUCCUGGAUACAACCCUAGUACCCCUGGGUACCAGGCUGCUGGUCCAUACACUCCUCAGACUCCUGGAGGAAUGUACGGAUCUGACCACUCUUAUUCUCCCUAUCAACCUUCACCCUCGCCUACAGCUUACCAGGCGGGAACUCCAUCAGGAUACGUGGCCACACCAAGUCCAUCUGGAUACACUCCGUCUCCUACUAGCAAUGUGCAGUACAGCACCCCGUCUCCUCUAGGCUAUAGCCCGAUGACUCCAGGAGGUGCACCUUCUCCCUUCAACCCUCAGACUCCUGGAUCAGGUUUGGACCAACAAUUACACUCUCAAGACUGGCACACAACCGAUAUUGAAGUGCGUAUUCGUGACUCGCAUGAGGAUCCAGGACUCAAUGGUCAGACAGGUGUUAUCAAAGGCAUCUCGGGUGGGACGUGUUCUGUGUAUUUGAUGGAUGAAGAUCGAACUGUUACUGUUUUAUCUGAACAUCUAGAACCUGUUGUUCCUCAGCGCAAUGAUCAUGUCAAGGUUAUCUUUGGGGAGGAUAGAGAAGCAGUAGGACAACUGUUGUCUAUUGACACUCAAGAAGGAGUGGUUAAAUUGGCACAAGGUGAUGUGAAGCUGCUUCAAUUGCGAUUUCUUUGCCGCAUGCGACCCAAUCAUUAAUAAUUGUGUUAGAGAAAGAAUUUUCUUACUUUGUCUGUGUGUUAUUUUGAAGAAAAAUGAUGGAUUCAGUAAUACGGUAUUGCCUCAAUCAUCAUUCUCAUUUGACUGAAUAUAAUUUAUCGUUAAAAAUCAUGCAAAUUAUUGUACAUAAAUUCUGUAGUAAUAAUUUGAUACAUAUGUUCAGUCAUACAUACAGCAUAUGUUGUUAAUGGUAAAAUGUUGAAUAUUCAGGAACUUUCAUAUGGUAUAAUUGGGGAAUAUUUAUUAGCAUAAUUUUUUUUGAUCUGUACUCUGAAUCAUACUUCAGUAAAAAUUGACAUACAGUUAUGUUCAUAGUCCAUUCAUCAUAGUACAGAUUUUUAAUGGAUAAGACAUUGAAUUCUCAGAUCAUGUUUAAAUAGCAAAGGAAGAAUAAUGAAAAUGUGUCCAUUUCAAGGCAUGAUCUAAUGAGAGUGAUAUUUUCAUGUAAUUUGUUGAACUAUUUCAGGAAAUUCAUCAAUAAUUUAGAGAAACACAUGUCAUAAUUUGUAAGAUAAUUUCAAUGACACCUCCUUUAGAGAACUCGUUCAAGCAGUGUACAACUCUUGGACAUUAUAUUGCAGCAAAUUUAAAAAUUUAUUAAAUCUAGUGUAAACAUGUCAGUAAAGAAAGGUAAUAAAAAAAUAAAGCUACAGUAAAUGUU